AUGCCGACGGCGUCCGCCGCGCCAGCCUCCACGCCCAGUCCCAGAACUGCAAGGGCGCCCUCGCUCCUCCUCCUCCUCCUCCUCCUCCUCCUCCUCCUCCUCCUCCUCCUCCUCCUCCUCCUCCUCCUCCUCCUCCUCCUCCUCCUCCUCCUCCUCCUCCUCUUCCUCCUGGUGAGGGGCCGUGCUCGACGGCGGCGAGGUGCAUACAGAUGUACGUUCUCGGAGCCCUGCGCGGAUCCGUCGGAUUGGCGACGGGCCCCGGUGCGCGCGCUCCGCGCGCCAGGAAGCGGGGUUUGGCUCAGCGCGGAUCCGAGAGACGCGUUCCAUCCAACGUUCGGAAUUCCAGGAGCUUAUGUCGAUGCCGCCUGCUCUUCUUCUAUCUACGCCCAGUCCCAUAAGAAUUCUGCAAAGGUUCGUGCGCGAUCUGCACGAUGA